UGUGUCAAUUGUCAAAUUGAGCUAUCAAAACAACAAAAAAUCAUGUAACCUCACUUUUAACAAGUUGUGUCUUGCUAUCCUGAAGAAAAAGCAUCUGACAAGAUAGACGAUGUCGAAAAGUAGUAACCCAAAGGUUCUUUUUAUAGAGCCUUUCUACGGAGGCUCUCAUAAGGUAUUAAUAGAUACAUUAACAGCACGUUUGGUAGAUUAUACACUGGUUACUUUACCAGCAAAAAAGUGGCACUGGCGGUCUCGGUGUGGUGCACUGAUGCUAUAUGAACAAAUACCUUUUGUGAAUUCAGAGAGCGUUUUAUUUUGUAGUUCUGUUUUAAAUUUAACAGAGUUGUUAGGGCUCCGGCCGGAUCUCCAGUCCUUAAAAAAGGUUGUUUACUUUCAUGAAAAUCAGCUAAUAUAUCCUGUUAGAGAGAUAAAAGAGAGGGAUAUUCAGUAUUCAUACAAUCAGAUAAUUACUUGUUUGUCAGCAGACGUGGUGUUAUUUAAUUCAAAUUUUAACAAGGUGUCCUUUUUGGACAAUUUGAAGAAAAUUAUAAAAAUCUUGCCAGAUUGUAGACCAAAGGAAUUGAAAUCAAAAAUUGAAGCCAAAUGUAAAGUACUCUAUUUUCCAGUAGAGUAUCCAGAGAUAUCUGUAAAUGAUAAACCAUCUGAGAUACUUCACAUUGUUUGGCCUCACAGGUGGGAAUUUGAUAAAGGGCCAGAGGAUUUCUUUAAAGUAUUAUUUAAUCUUAAAGAUGAAAAUAUUCCUUUUCGAGUAUCAAUUUUGGGGGAGUCAUUUACUGAUAAUCCACAUAUCUUUUCAACAGCCAAAGAAUACUUGAAAGAGGAAAUAGUCAAUUUUGGUUAUACUGAUAGUAAAAAGAGUUAUUAUAACAUUUUGUCUUCAGCUCAUGUUGUUGUAUCAACUGCCAAACAUGAAUUUUUUGGGGUUUCCAUGUUGGAAGCGGUUUAUUGUGGUUGUUACCCCAUCGCUCCAAAUGCACUGGUUUAUCCAGAAUUGUACCCAUUAGACUGUUUAUUUUCAAAUCUUGAAGAUUUAUAUUCAAAAUUAAAAUGUCUAUGUUUAAAUCCGGCUUUAGCGAUAGAGGAGAGAAGAAAAAUGUGUUUAGACUUUGAUAAAUAUUCCACAGCCGCAGUUGUUUCAAACUUUGUAAAAAUAAUAAAUGAUCUUGUAUUUUCCUGAAACUGUAAAUCCUGUUGUCAUGUAGAUACGUCUCAAAUUAUUCACCGUUAAGCGUUCUGACACACUAUGCUUUUUGGCUAAAAGUGUAAAAUUACGCGGAUUUUAGUACAAAAUAAAUAUGUAUUUUAAUACAUAUAGGUACCGUCAGAAGGUCACUUGGUAUACAUAUAUUUUACAUAAAACUUAAAUGACUUCUUGAUCAAAAUUAUUCGUUCUUACGACUUAUUGACAUUUU